UAAAUGGUGAUUCUAUUGCAAAACAAAAGGAGAUAUGAAGAACACUAUAAGAUGAAACCGUGAAGCAGUUAUCUAGACAUAUUAAGUGGUGAAGUUACAAAUCCCUGUGAAAAUUAAAUUAAUCCAUGGUUGAGCCAUAAUGUCAGGAAGGAGUCGUAUGCCACGUCACGUUCCUGAAGGUCCGUAUGCUCGUCCUGUUCCGCGACCACCCCAUCCUGCAUUGUUAGAGGAAGAACUAGAGAUGCAGCAUAUGGACAUUCGAAGGCUUUUGGCUGACAACCGUAGGCUUGCUGAAGAUCGCUUGGCAAUGCAGCAGGAGCUUGGUGUUGCAAAGGAGGAGUUGCAUCGCAGGAACAUUGCCAUUGCAGACAUCCAUGCUAAGAAAGAAGCACAUUCAAGGGAGUUAAUUGAGAGGGGCUUGAAGUUGGAAGCUGAUCUUCGGGCAACUGAACCUUUGAGGAAUGAGGCUAUUCAGCUUCAUUCAGAGCUUAAAAAAUUGAAUGCCCUGAGGCAAGAUUUGGCUGGACAAGUUCAGACCCUUAAGCAGGACUUGGCAAGGUCGCAAGCUGAUAAUCAACAAAUUCCACACUUGAGAGCAGAGAUUGAUGGCCUGCACCAGGAGCUUAUGCAUGCUAGGAGUGCGUUUGAGUAUGAGAAGAAGGCAAAUGUUGAACUUGUGGAACAGAGACAGGCCAUGGAGAACAACUUGGUUUCCAUGGCUCGUGAAGUUGAAAAGCUACGUGCAGACCUUGCAAGUGCAGAUGUUAGACCUUGGGGUGCUGGUGGUUCUUAUGGAAUCAAACUUGGUAGUCCUGAAGGGGGCUACCCUGCUUCCUAUGGGGAUGGAUACGGGCUUCAGACGGGUGUCACUGACAAGGCCCCUCUCUAUGGUGUUGGAUCUGGUGCAUGGGGAGCAUUUGAAAAGCCUCGUCUUGGGCGUCGCUGAGAUGUGGAUGAUUUGCAGUUUGACAUGUGAAAUGCACACUCUGCCAUGCCGUUUGUUUGGAAAUAUCAAAGGAUUAGAAAUGUUAGGUUCAUCAAAGUUUUAUACAAUAGUAAUCUUUCAAGUUUCAACAACUGAUUGUUAUUCACCAUCAUAACCUUACCUUGAUGCCUUUUUAUUGGAGUAAUUAUGUAGUAUGUAGUAUGUACCUAUAUUUUCGUUUAUGGAAGCCAAUGAAAAAUGAUUGAAGACUUA